UAAGAACCCAGGGUUUCAAAAAUCCCCAAAUUCCCCGAAAUUGAGCUCCAACUUCUCUCGAGAUUUCAAUGGCGACGGAGGAAAUUGGCCCCCACGUAGUCGGAGACUACAUCGUGGGCCCACAGAAGGUGGGGUUCGGCUCCUUCUCCGUUGUGUUGAAGGGCCGCCAUCGCCUGAGUGGGGCCGAGGUCGCCGUGAAAGAGAUCGAUAAGAGGAGAUUAAGUAGUAAAGUAAAGGAGAGUCUUUUGAAGGAGAUCGCUAUCCUUCGUCAAGUUUCUCAUCCUAAUAUCGUUAGGCUUCAUCAAGCGAUUCAGACAGAAGAUAAGAUAUACUUGAUUUUGGAGUAUUGUCCUGGAGGGGAUCUUGGUGUUUAUAUUCAUCGUCAUGGGAAGGUGUCUGAGAGCGUUGCCAGGCAUUUUAUGACACAGCUUGCGUCAGGGUUACAAGUGCUGAGGGAGAAUAAUCUUAUUCACCGGGACUUGAAACCGCAGAAUCUUCUACUGUGUACUAAAGAUGAAACUCCUGUGUUGAAGAUCGGGGAUUUUGGAUUUGCCAGGUAUCUCAUGCCUCAAGGAUUAGCUGAUACGCUAUGCGGUUCCCCAUUGUAUAUGGCUCCAGAAAUCAUUCAAAACAAAAAAUAUGAUGCCAAGGCUGAUCUCUGGAGUGUUGGAGCUAUUCUGUUUCAGCUUGUCACAGGAAAGCCACCUUUUGAUGGAAAUACUCAAUUUCAGCUUUUUCAGAAUGUAUUGGCAUCAGAUGAAUUGCAAUUUCCACAUGAUGUUAUGGCAACCUUACACCCUGAUUGCAUCGAUCUCUGUAAACGCCUUCUUCGUCAAAACCCAGUGGAGCGACUAACAUUUGAAGAGUUCUUCAAUCAUAAGUUCAUGACCAUGUUGAGUCCAAGCGGAAGUGCUGCUGAGUGUACACAAAAUACCACAAAUUAUAAAGUAGGAAAAUUAUCUGGUGAGUCAUUAAACUCAGCAAAUGCACAGAGUAUGAAGAAGGAAGACACAGAACAAGGACUUUUGCCGGCUACUUCAACAAUUUCCGACUCAUUCGAGUCUAUUGAAAGAGAAUAUGUUCUUGUCCGAUCGCAUUUUGCUUCCAUGGAGACUUCAUCUUUAUUCUUUGAGGCAUCUUUGAGAGACAAUUCUACAGCUAGCCUCAUGGAAAGCAGCAAGCUAGUCAGCAGUGCUGUCUGUGGUGCUGAAAGUGUGGGAAGCCAGAAUUCUGCUUCAAUAGUGUCACAAACAUCAACUGCAUCAGUAGAUGUAGCAGGACCUUUAUCACUGAAUCCUUCCAGCAGGCUCAAGUUUUUAUAUUCAUAUCUUUACAUUCUCGCAGAAGUCGCACAGGCAAAACUUAAUUCUGGACUUCAUCUGGACUCGUUUUCAGUUGAACUUGUUGCUUUAGCAGUAUGGAAGGAAGCUCUUCAAGUGUGCAAUUUGUGGAUGGCCUCCACAUCUGUUGCAGAUCCAUUCAAUAGUUUCUCAUCUAACAACUGCUUGUCUCAGCAAAAGGAUGAUAGAUUGCCUCAAAACCUAUCAGAGGGUCUGGACUUCAACAGGCCUUUGUCUGUCUAUUCUUGGUUAGAGCGUGGAUUUAUUCUUGCUUGUGACAGAGCAGAAAAGAUAUCUCAUAGUUUCUGUGGUAUUGAUGGCAAUUUGGAGAUGCCAGAUGCUAUGGAGAUCAUAUUUCAAACCGCUUUAUCUUUGGGGAAGGGUGGUGCUGUGGAAGAGCUUAUGGGGCACAGAAACAGAGCAGUAGCAUCAUACUCAAAAGCAAUUACUUUGCUUACAUUUAUCUUGGUGGAAGCAUCUUCUCUUUCUCUGAACCCGCCAUUUACCCUCUCCUCUACUGACCAGCGACGUAUUCAGAGAUACAUCAUCAAUUUAAGAGUUCAUCUGAAACAUUCUCAAAUUGCAGAAUCACACGUUAAACUCCCACAAGGCUCUUUGAGAAAGUAAAUAUGUCUUCAUAGUAAAUAUUGUGUUAACAUUCUCCAGGACAAACAGAUUGGACAAGUACAACUAAUAGAAUUCUGAAAAGCUAAUUGAAAGGACCCAUGUUUUUUGGGUGUCCCUCGCCGCUCGCAUUCCAAAGCAACCAAAGAGUUGCUUUGGAAAGAUUCAUGUAAAUACUCUCAAUCCCUUUCGGGUAUUUUGUAAAUACUGAAAAAGUAAUCAUGUGUAUUAUAUCACUGUUCAUAAUAGUAAAUAGUUUUUUUGGCUUACUUC